AUGGUACCUGGACCAGAUGAACUGUUGGUAGACUACUCGUCGAUACCUGUGGAGAACGCCGAUCACGUGACCACCGUAUCCAAAGCUAGAAAUCCACAAAGGGUCGUCAUAGAUCACUUCUCGCUGGACCCUCCUGGCUUGAACACAUCACUGGUCUUUCCUUAUGCGCCACUGAAGAGAAGACCAACCCUGGACGACAUUGAGCGGAAAAGCGAUCCUCUCGACACACUCCCUCGCGCUCUCAUACCCCGUUCACACGCUUCACUUCGGCCACCAGUCUUGCGAUACGGUUGGGUAGCCGAUGAAGAAGAUUUCAUCGAGCUAGCUAGGAAGUACAAUUGUAUAAAAACUAGAGCCCCUUACGAUCCCAAGGAGUUUGAAGACGAGGACGAAGCAGACGGCGAGCCCGAGCCGCCCAACUGGCUUCACGAAGGCGAUCCUCGGUGGCCUGAUAUCGACAUAUUGGACACCAUCAACGCUGUCAUGGUGCAAGUAGCCAACGAUCUGGGCGUCAAAAUACCUGAUCUUGAUUUCGGUGGCGCAAUGCGAGAUGGCGAGUGCACCAUCGUGUCGCUGUUCACCAACUAUGACGUCACACAAAAGCUGCCUUCGCAAGAAGACAUUGAGCGCUAUGGCGCCGCACUGGGUGUGACCGAGAAGCCCAAAUGGUACCUGGACGAGAUGAACACUUGGUGGACUACUCGUCGAUACCUGUGGUGAACGCGGAUCACGGUCUAUCGUCUCUAGUGUCCUCUCGUUUCUGGGCCGUCCGAUCUAUGCAUAUGCAUCAUCUUUGGAGACUCUGCUACCUCUGUACUUGUAUAGAUAUUUGGCUGUACAUUUGUCAUCUUUC